GCGCACCUCAACAGUGGUACCAGUCAAAACGUGUGGCCGUUGACCCGAAAAUAAUGAAAGCGUCAAUAGGAGAAACACUUUCGCUGUUGCUGAAAAUUAUCUAUCUUUAUUUGGAAUCUUUUUAUCGACUGAUCGUGCCACCCGCCAGACAAGAUGUCCGCGGGAAGAAAGUACUGAUCACAGGUGCAGGGCACGGCAUUGGCCGGGAACUGUCACUGGAGUUUGCCCGCCUCGGAGCGUCGCUCAUACUGUGGGAUAUCAAUAAGGAGAACAAUGAAGGAACAGCUGAUGAAGUCCGUCAUAUUGGUGCCACAGUCCACACCUACAUCUGUGACGUCACCUCCACCGACGACGUACAUACCAUUGCUGACCGUGUGAGGAGGGAGGUGGGCAACGUGGACAUCUUGGUCAACAACGCUGGCAUCCUGUACGGUGGACCGGUUCUCGACAUGCAGGAGAAGCAUAUCCGUCGCACAUUUGAAGUGAACACCUUGGCUCAUUUCUGGACUGUUCGUGAGUUUCUGCCUUCCAUGCUUGAGGCCAACAAUGGAGUCAUCAUGAACAUUGCUUCAUCAUCAGCAAAGUCUGGAACAGCAUUCUUGGUUGAUUACAGCUCGUCCAAGUAUGCUGUAUUCGGCUUCACAGAGGCCCUGAGGGAGGAGAUUGAUCGACUGGGGAAGCCGGGGGUGCAGACCACUGUGGUCUGUCCAUUUUUUGUUGACACAGGACUAUGUAAAUACCCAAAGAGCAGGUUUGACCCAAUUUUGACCCCCAAGGAGACAGCCAUUACAGCCAUUGAUGGGAUGUUGCGAGGGGAGAAGGAGGUGUAUGUGCCACGAAGGAUGUGGCUACAGCUGAGGACUGCCGCUCUUUUCCCAGAGAAAGCCCUCCCUCUGCUGAAGAAAUUCCACCAGUAUGGAAUCGACCCUCAGUACAACUCAAAGAGUGACUGAUACAACAUGCUCCAGUUGUUUUCUUUGAUUACAUGUACUUUUUCUACAUGUUUAAAAAAACUUGGCCGAAAUUGAGUAUUGAUUUUUUAUACCAAUAUAUAUUGUUAUCCAUUUACAAGUAUAUCCGAUAUUUUACAAUGUCAGAAUGACAAUAAAGCGAUUUUUAAAACGUAA